AUGAGCACCAGGCAGGAGGCCAGGAGAGAUGAGGGAGACACCAGGAGGGGACAGGAGGCAGAGCUUCGGGAUGGAGCCCACCUGAGCCAGCAGCGCCGGCUCAAACAGGCCACCCAGUUCCUGCACAAGGAUUCGGCUGACUUGCUCCCGCUGGACAGCCUCAAGAGGCUCGGCACCUCCAAGGACUUGCAGCCACACAGCGUGAUCCAGAGACGCUUUGUGGAGGGAAACCAGAGUCGGCUUCAGGGAGAGUCUCCUCUGGUGCAGGCCCUGGUUCAUGGCCAGGAGAUCAGGAGAACCAGCAGGACAGAGAUUCCAGCUCUUCUGGUCAACUGCAAGGUGAGAGGCUUCCUAGGGCAGCAACUUUCAUUAACAACCUGCCUGCAGCUGGAUCACUCCAUUGGCUCUCUUUUCUGUCCUGACUGGUUAGGGAAAAAGGUCCUAAAAGCCCCAGCAGAGGAUGUGACACUUGAGCCUCCAACCCACGUGGAGCAGUUGGAGCUACAGCUAGGACAGGAGACUGUGGCGUGCUCAGCCCGAGUGGUGGAUGUUGAGAGUCCUGAAUUCUGUCUGGGUCUACAGACUCUGCUCUCUCUCAAGUGCUGCAUUGACCUGGAACAUGGAGUGCUACGGCUGAAAGCCCCAUGCUCAGAGCUGCCCUUCCUGCCUUCCUACCAAGAGCCUGGCCAGUGACUGUGCCCUAGUCAGUCCCUAGAGGAAAGACCUUAGGGGAAAAACCCUGUGAGGAAGAGGCUACUAGAGGCAGGUGGCUGGGGACUAUUAUAUCUGUGCCUAUUAUUACUACCCUGACCCACCCCCGGUCCCAUUCUCAUAUUCCUCAGCUGGCCACAUUCCUGAGCUUCUCAGCAGCUUCCUGUCCUGUGGGAAUAUUCACUAGAGGGCCUAUGAUUCUAAGUUAUGGUAUCCUUGUUCUUUCAUUCCCCUCCUGUAGAAAGCAAAGCCAAAUCAGGAGAGCAGAAAGCAUCCUAAGCAAAAUGGGUACCCUCUUGGUCCUCAACAUGGUAGGAACUGGCCUGAGCCAAAGGCUAUGCCAAUUGCUGUUCUUGCCUGCUCUCCACUCUUCCCCAGAUUCUACUUAACUGCCCAUACCCGUCUUUCCUCAUCUUCUGAGGCUUAUUAUCUCCCACAAUUAGACAGCCAUACUUCACCAACCUGGGUCCCUGGCCUUUUUGCUGCCUGACUGAUUUUGCACAUAUCUGCUCAUAGCUGAGUAGGGGAUGUAACAUUAAACAGAAUUAAUUCAAGAAAAUAAAAGAAAGUGAGUUAGUACAGGAAUGUGCAGUUCAUAAGGCUGAAAGGUUUUUUUUUUCCUUUGCAUUUUUUUUUGGCCAGG